AUGCCUGUCAACAUUGAAUCCUUAGAUUUAUCUAAGACUGCAGUAAAGGAAUUGCCUUCAUCAGUUUGGUCUCUAGAAAAACUUUGUUCCUUGAAUGUUAAUCAUUGUAAAGCCCUUGAGAAACUUCCGAGCAACAGUUGUAAUCUGAAAGUCUCCGGUACUUUUAGUCUAAACGGCUGCGUUUCUCUUGGCGAGUUUUCGGAGCUUCCCAGGUAUACAAGUUACCUAGAUUUGAGUAAGACAGCAAUAAAAGAAUUGCCGUCAUCAUUGGAGUCUCUCUUCGGUCUCACUUCAAUUCGUCUCUUCGCUUGCGGCAGCCUUCUGAGUCUCUCAACAAGCAUUCACAAGUUAAAAUCUCGUGAGAUUCUUGAUCUUCAAUUAUGCUCUGAAUUCCAGUACUUCCCAGAAAUACUGAAGCCUAUGGAACAUUUGACGUCUCUUAGUUUAUCAAGUACAGCGGUUAAAGUUCUACCCUCAUCGAUAGGAAAUCUAAUUGGGCUUCGAAAAUUAGAUCUCCAUCACUGCGGGGACCUUGAGGUUGUCCCAAACAGUAUCUACAGUACAAGUAAUCUUGAAACUCUCAACUUUCAUGGCUGCUGGUGCCUUGGGAAAUUGCCUCCCGUCUCAGUAGACCAAGUCAGAUUGCUCUCUUUGAAAGAACUAAUCCUCGCUGAGUGCGGUAUCAAAGAAAUCCCUGAUGCCCUCGUUUGCUUAACCUCAUUAUGUUCCUUCGAUUUGAAAGAUACCGAAAUUAAGAGCAUACCUGCAAGCAUCAAACAAGCUGCUCAGCCGUCUUCCCUGUGCCUAACCUAUUGCCAGAGCCUUGAAUCUUUGCCAGAACUCCCCCCAUUGCUGCAAUGUCUUGAAGCAGGUCGUUGCACGUCACUGAAGAAAGUGUCAAGUUCAAGGACUGCACUCACACAAGGUUGGGACGUAUUUUCUCCUCCACGGCUUGAGGAGAAACCUAUAUUUUCUGGAUGCCCAAAGUUGGAUGAGAAUGCAAGAAGUGUUGGGUUUUUAGAGAACAAAAUAGUGAUUUUAUUUAUUCAACAAAAGAUAGGUACAAGGUUUUAUAAAGGAGUAGGCGUAUUGGCCUUCAACAACUAG